AUGUCGACGUUCAAGCUGGAGACGGACAUCCUACCACAUUUCCAAGCAAUCUCAUACACUUGGGGUGACCCUCACGACCAAAGGCAGAUCCUGGUAAACGGAAACCCGGUCUUGGUCCGCAAGAACUGCCAUUACGCAUUGUGGCAGGCAAGGCUUCACCACGAAGGCCACAUCUGGAUCGACUCCGUCUGCAUAAAUCAGGAAGAUCCACAAGAAAAAGGUAGUCAAGUAUCCAUAAUGGCUCGAAUUUUUGCAUCCGCCACCAAAACAGUGGCCUGCAUCGGGCCACAGACCGACCACAGUCGCUUCCUAUUCGAUCUAUGCCGCGAGUCAGAUGAACUGGAGACAACGACUAUGGGCACGCUUGAGCCUCAAGAGGCAGAGUACCGGGCGAAAGAUUGGCUUGCGAGUAAAGAUUUGGAUCGCAUUUGCGAAAGCAUAUCCAAGUUUGGCAAUCGGCCGUACUGGAGCAGACUCUGGAUCGUGCAGGAACUCCACGCAGCGACUACAAUCAGUUUCUGCUGUGGCGAGGAUACGAUGGAGUGGGACAUCAUGCGAAAACUCCAGGCGAUUUACGACUUUUUGAAACAGAAAGACGUAUCGCCAAAGGUGGCAUACGACAUUGAGGCAACGCCGAUGAUCAAUCUCAUUCGCAUCCUGAACAAUAUCGGCGGCAUAGGGACUCGUGGCCUCCUGACUCGUCUCUGGAAGCUGGAGUGCGAGGACAAACGAGAUCGAGUCUACGGGAUUCUGAGCAUGGUCGAGUGGCCUUCGGCCUGCGCCCCUAUUGUGCCGGACUACCAGAAAGAUGCUGUCCAGCUCGCAUUAGACUUCAUGGACUAUAUUCUCGCCUCAGGCGGCACCCUCCGUCACAUUUCUGCGUUGCUUCAGGCCCUGGGCAUCACAGAUUCCAUGCUUCCCCAGGUCAAUGCGAGCUCAAAGCCUUGCGAGUGGUACUGCUAUGGUUUGGAGCGAGCAUACAGAAUCUCCACAGACUCCUUUGGUGAAUUAAAUAUACGAUUUCAAGCCACAAGGUCUAGAAUAUGGUCCUCGAGGUAUUUGCCGCUUGAGAGCCCGAGCCAUCAUGUACGAACGGUGCUGUUUUCGAACACCCGAAUCGAAGCCGCCCUUGUCAGUGAAUAUGUCCAAGAGGGCGACAUCAUCCUCGUCGGCGGCCCGUACGCAAUCUGUGUGAGACCCCUCUCGGACUCUACAGAAUUCGAAUGGCUAGGCCCGGUACUGAUGUCAGAACACUUAUUGAGAGUUUCCUCGACGCGUGACCGUCUCCCUACCCAUCGGGAGGGUAAAGGAACUCGCCUAGAAGAUCUGCAUUUCCGAUUUCAGCUGACCAAGGAGGAGAUUUUGAUGCUUGCCACGGACGAUAGCGAGCAUUUCGGUCGCUUAGUAUCUGGUGGGUUGCCCAGCGUGGGCAGGAGAGUUCAAGUCGGCCACAGAGGCCACAGCAUUCUUCAUAGUGACCAAGACUGGUCGGUGUAUGUCACACAGCUUGCUGAUCAAUAG